AUCCUCCCUGAAACGUGAUAGUUUUGUAUAAAAGCAACAACAAAAAGGUUCCGCUCAGUUUCACAGAAGAAAGUUGACUGGAUUACUGUGCUGCAGCAUUGGAGAACACAUCAAUCUUCCUUCAGUGCUGGACAUUUUCAGUAACAUCUGUGGUGCAUCCCUGCUUCCUCUUGGCUCUCCACCAUGAAGAUACUGGUUCUGAGAUUUUGCACCCUGGCUCUGCUGGCAUUAGCACAGACUGUCACCUCAAACACUACUGCAAGUGAUCGGACCACCCUUACAUCAACGACUAUAUCUACUUCCCCCGCUGCUACUACAACCAUGUCUGCAACCACUGUGUCAACUGUUGCUCAAACUACCACUGAAACUGGUAUGACCACCCCUACACCAAUGUCUGUUGCCACUUCCUUAGCCACUACAACAACUCUCACCCCAAGUACCACACCAACUACAAGUCUUACUACCACUACAGCUCUCACCCCAACUACCACACCAACUACCACUACAACAACUCUCACACCAAGUACCACACCAACUACAACCCCAACUACCACUACAACUCUCACCCCAACCACCACAACUGUCACCCCAGCAACUACUACAACCAUGUCUGAAACCACAGCUACAACUGUUGUCCAAACCACCACUUCCACUGGUAUGACCACUCCUACACUGACGACUAUCACCACGGCCGCCGCCCCAACUGCUACUACAACUGUUGCACCAACCACUACGACAACUGUCGCUACAACUACAUACAGCGGAGGCUCAGGAGUCAAUGCCUCUCUGCUGUUUUCUCUAAUGCCAUUGUUGCUCUACAUGCUCUACCUCUGAGCAGUAAGUGGCAAAACUUACCUAGAGGACAAGUCUCAUGUUCUUUAAUGUUUCAUUGUUUCUGAGUGUAAAUCAAGAAAAGAUGGUUUGAGAAAAAGCUAAAUUAUGACCUUUUUAUGUAUGUUAAACAUCUGCCAGUUGUUCUAAAAUUAACAAUGUGAAUGAAAUGAAGAUAUUUGUGGAAUCUGCAGGUUAAAAGAAACAAGUUAUGUGUGCAAUGGAUCUGAACUUGAUGUGGUAUCAGGAAUAACUUGUUAUUGAAGUGUGAUGAUUGAGGCUACUGAUAUAUGGGUCUGUUGGAGCUGACACAACUGACUGUUUCUGUGCUUUUAAGUCUAAAGGUUGGGAGAAACGCAUAUAAUUUUGAACUGUGAUUAUUAUACUCUACUGUAUUUAUUUGGAUAUUAACAUUACAUGUAAAAUUAUAACAUUAAUGUUUUAAUUAAAGUUAUAAUAUUAUAAUAAAAUGCAUUAAUGUAAUUACUAAGAGAAA